GCCGCGCCGGGGCCGCGCUGAGCCCCGCGCCCCGCGCCGCCCCGCCCCGCGCGGAUGUCCGCGGCCCCCCCGCGCCGGGCGCCCUCGCAGCCCCCCGCGCGCCCCCCCCAGCCCCCGCCGCCGCCCCCCGCCGCCCCCGCGCUUCCGCCCGCCCGCCGCCGCCAUGGCGGGCAAGGGGGCCGCGGCCGGCGCCGCCGUGCUGCUCGUCACCGCCAACGUCGGGUCCCUCUUCGACGACCCAGAAAACUUACAGAAGAAUUGGCUUCGGGAAUUUUAUCAGGUUGUACAUGCACACAAGCCCCACUUCAUGGCUUUACACUGUCAGGAAUUUGGAGGAAAAAACUAUGAAGCUUCCAUGUCUCACGUGGACAAGUUCGUUAAAGAACUGCUAUCAAGUGAUGCAAUGAAAGACUACAACAGAGCUCGAGUUUACCUGGAUGAGAACUAUAAAUCACAGGAACAUUUUACGGCUCUAGGAAGUUUUUACUUUCUUCACGAAUCCUUGAAAAACAUCUACCAAUUUGAUUUUAAAGCUAAGAAGUAUAAGAAGGUUACUGGGAAAGAAAUCUACUCAGACACUUUAGAAAGCACGCCCAUGCUGGAAAAAGAGAAGUUUCCGCAGGAUUAUUUCCCUGAGUGCAAGUGGUCCAGGAAAGGUUUCAUUCGAACAAGAUGGUGUAUUACUGAUUGUGCCUUUGACUUGGUAAACAUUCAUCUUUUCCAUGAUGCUUCCAAUUUAAUUGCUUGGGAAACAAGCCCAUCGGUUUACUCAGGAAUACGGCAUAAGGCUCUUGGCUAUGUACUUGAUAGAAUCAUAGAUCAGCGGUUUGAGAAAGUUUCGUAUUUUGUCUUUGGAGAUUUCAACUUCAGACUGGAUGCCAAAGCAGUAGUGGAGACGCUAUGUGCGAAGGCCACCAUGCAGACCAUCCGGGCAGCUGACACCAAUGAAGUAGUCAAGCUAAUAUUUCGUGAAUCUGAUAAUGACCGAAAGGUUAUGCUACAGCUAGAAAAGAAGCUCUUCGACUAUUUUAAUCAAGAUGUUUUUAGAGAUAACAACGGCACUGCGCUUUUAGAAUUUGACAGAGAGCUGUCGGUCUUUAAAGACAGAUUGUAUGAACUGGACAUCUCGUUUCCUCCCAGCUACCCGUACAGCGAGGACUCCAGCCAGGGAAAGCAGUACAUGAACACCAGAUGUCCAGCGUGGUGCGACAGGAUUUUAAUGUCACACUCCGCCAAGGAGCUGAUCCUAAAAUCAGAAAAUGAUGAGAAGAUAGUAAUAUAUGACCACAUUGGGCCAAAUGUCUGCAUGGGGGAUCACAAGGAAGAAGAUGCCUGCGGAGCGAGAAGCUUUUCCGUGACACCGCGCUGUAGCAGGGAGGGGAGGAUCCGCAGCGUCGAGACGCAUCGCCGCAACAGCCGUGUUGGUAAACCCAGCCCCGAGUGCCGCAUUUUUAGACUGCUGGUCCUACACUAUGCUUCAGCAUCUGCUCUGAGAAAAGCCUCACAUACCUCACUGUCUUGUAUGUUCAUGUGACAUCAAGUAGAAACGUGGAAUUAUUUUUUAUAUAUAUGUCACGAUUCUGUUGCCAAAACUCUAAAUAGACGGCAGAGAUGUUAUGUAUUUUAGAUUUCACGACUUUCAACUUUUAAUAAGUGUUUGUCGAUGUGGAAAAGCUACUUCAGCAUAUUAUAAACUUUUAAAGGUGUCAUGCCGAACAUUAUAUAUCUUUACCACUUUGGGGUUUUGUACAUUGGACUGUAUAGAUAGAGAUAUCGAUGGUUUUAAAUGGUAUUUUCUUUGUUGACCAAGGCUUAUGGUUUGUGUUUUAGUUUUAGUAUUUUGUUUUUCAUUUUUAUAGAUUUUUUUUCUCAUGUUAUUUACUAUACUGCCAUGUUACAUGGUUUUUGAAUCACACAGCAGCUGCUUUCUAUACAUACAUAUAUAUGUGUGUGUAUAUAUAUGUAUGUAUGUGUAUAUAUACACAGAUAUAUAAAUAAUUUAUAAACCUGACCAAAACUUACGCUAAAUAUACUUUCCAAUACGAAUGCUUGAGAGUGCCAUAUCCGCAGUUAGUGUCGGGGUCUUAGCCGGUUUAGUUCAGCGUACAUCAGCAACCAACAUUUAUAUAUUAAAAAUAAUAUAUAGCAGUGCCAUUCCGGAUACAGAUAUAUAUAUAUAGCCUCCUAUAUAGCACAUAUAUUAGCGGUUUCACUUUGUUACUCCUAUAAUCCCUUCUUUCUAUGUAAUAUUAAGGUUUGAAUGUGAAGCUCUUAGAUAGGUUUGGGUGUAACUUUCAAGGAUUUUGUAAACUGUUUUUGUCUGUCUUUUGUUACUGUUUUAUGGUGCCAAGUAUUCUAUAUUAAAACAAUAACAACAUGGGAGAAGAAAAUACGAGUCUGCUCCGGGCAGCAUCCGCGCUGGGCACCGGCUGUGUUUGUGCAGCGUUAAAGGAGACGGAGCUCUGUAGCUUUUCCCCGUCAGCAGCUCAGCGCAACCCGCAGUACAAUCUCGUUACGGACAUUUUUCUCCCGCCACUAAAUACAACAUUAAAAGGCGAUUAGCGAGUCUGUUGAUGAAACACAAAUGUAUGUUUUAUUGAUUUAAUUUAGAACACUACAGAGUGCACGGACUGUGCGAUGGCAUUAGGUGGAUGCUUGGUCGGGGUGGGAAUCACUGCCGCCGCGGAGGGUCCGGCGUCCGCUCGCGGGACGUUUCUCGGCGGUGCCUGGGUCCGGGUCCGCGUUCGGCACCGCUGUCCGAAGGGCGUCGGCGGUUAUAACCCUUAUAACCACGACGUUAUAACCACGCCGUAACUCUACUUAAGCGAACUCGGCUCCUGGUAACUUCGAAGGCCUUUAGAAACGAGUACUCUGGUUCUCAAGCAAUAAAACUGAUCGUGGUGAA